CACGGCAGACGGAAACCUGCGGAACCCCACAGACGAAUUUCAUUCUAGCCGCGACUUGGGUAGCUUGAAGUUUAUGUUCGAACAAAAAUAGCUAGCGCAGUUAUUGGGGGCCUUGGACCGAGCAGAGGAUUGCCUUUUCUCGCUUGUUGAUAUUAGAGGUAUUCAAACUCAAGCAACACGCCCAGCGCAAUUAAGCUAGGAAAAGUUUGUCCACUUUGCGCACUGCUUCCUGUCUGUUUAAUAUUGCGUUGUGGCAGUCUUUUUUGGCAUGCUUAGCCAGUCCUGAGCACAAAACAGCAGCUGUUCGCAUCGAGACGCAAUAAUAUUGAACGAACUGUCUUCGAAGAGCAUCCGCACCGACGAUGGGCAGAGCUGCUAAAAGUGGCAGGUUUGUUCGUGACGGGGUCGGUAUUAGUGUCCGAAGAAACGAAGAUUCAUAAAGUGCUUCUACGGCGGCCACAACGAUGUGUGAUCUGCUCGGAACCUCCAGUUUCCUUCAUAUCGGAGACACAGUUUCCCUCUACGCUGAAGGCAAUGUGUCUGGCUUCUUAUGCACUCUCGGGCUGGUGGACGAUCGAUGCGUUGUCCAGCCCGAGGCCGGUGACCUGGCAAAUCCUCCAAAAAAAUUCAGAGAUUGCCUGUUCAAGAUGUGUCCCAUGAACAGGUAUUCGGCUCAGAAGCAAUUCUGGAAAGCGGCCAAACAGAGCACCACCAGUGCAACGGAUGCUGUACUCCUAAAGAAACUCCAUCACGCGGCAGAACUCGAGAAAAAACAGAACGAAACAGAAAAUCGCAAGCUGGUCGGAGAGGUGAUCCAAUAUGGAGGGGUCAUGCAACUGCUGCACGUCAAAAGCAACAAGUUCCUGACUGUGAACAAGCGUCUGCCCGCCCUGCUCGAGAAGAAUGCCAUGAGAGUGUCCCUGGACUCGAACGGCAACGAGGGCUCCUGGUUCUACAUCGUUCCGUUCUACAAGCUGCGUUCUACGGGUGACAAUGUGGUGGUGGGCGACAAGGUGAUCUUGACGCCCGUGAAUGCGGGACAGCCCCUGCAUGCGAGCAAUUAUGAGCUUCAGGACAACCCAGGGUGCAAAGAAGUGAAUGCAGUGAAUUGCAAUACAAGUUGGAAAAUUUCCCUAUUCAUGGAGUACAAAGAAAAUUCCGAAGACGUUCUCAAAGGGGGAGACGUUGUACGACUGUUUCAUGCAGAACAGGAAAAGUUCCUCACAAUGGACGAGUACAAAAAGAAGCAGUAUGUAUUCCUGCGGUCGACCGGGCGUACCACAGCACAAGCGGCCACUAGCUCCAAGGCACUCUGGGAAGCUGAGGUGGUGCAGCACGAUCCUUGCCGUGGAGGUGCAGGCCACUGGAACAGCCUGUUUCGCUUCAAGCACCUGGCUACGGGGCAGUAUUUAGCCGCCGAGGUAGACGACGAUCCUACCCCCGACCCGAUGCGGGCGAAGUUGCGUGGCCCACCCGGGAACCCGGUCUACUGUUUGGUGUCUGUGCCGCACUCCAACGAUGUCGCGUCAAUCUUUGAGUUGGAUCCCACAACGCUGACACGAACCGAUGACUUGGUGCCUCAGUCUUCGUACGUGAGACUACGUCACUUGUGCACAAACACAUGGGUGCACAGCACAAACAUUCCAAUCGACAAGCAAGAAGAACGCCCUGUCAUGUCUAGGGUGGGGUGUGCUCCAAUCAAAGAGGACAAGGAAGCGUUUGCAAUCGUGCCAGUGUCAGCGACGGAGGUACGAGACCUAGACUUUGCCAAUGAUGCCUGCAAGGUCCUGCAGCUGAUGGCAACCUCACUCGAAAGCAGCUGCGUCACCUCGAACGAGCGCAGGCUUCUUACACAACUUCUGCAAGAAGUUGUCUACUUCACAGCGGAUCGGGAGAAUGAUCCUAAAAAAGUGGAUCCGUUGGAGCUGAUCAUUACACAUCCCAAUCGAGAGCGACAGAAGCUCCUCAGGGAGCAGAAUAUCCUCAAGCAGCUGUUCAAGAUCCUGCAGGCUCCGUUUGCGGACAACGGCGAGGGUCCUGUACUGCGGAUGGAGGAACUAAGUGACCCCCGCUAUGCCCCCUACAAGCACAUCUGCCGGAUUUGCUACCGGAUUCUCAAGCUUUCGCAGCAAGAGUACCGCAAGAAUCAAGAGUACAUCGCCAAGUGGUUUGGCUUCAUGCAAAAGCAGAUAGGCUACGAUGUCCUGGCGGAAGACACCAUCACAGCGCUGCUGCACAGCAACCGCAAGCUCCUGGAGAAGCACAUCACGGCGGCCGAGAUUGAGACCUUUGUGAGCUUAGUGCGCAAGAACCGUGAGAGCCGCUUCCUGGACUACCUGUCGGACCUGUGCAUCUCUAAAAAGAUGGCCAUCCCCGUCACCCAGGAGCUCAUCUGCAAGUCCGUGCUAUCUCCGCACAACUCGGACAUACUUAUCGAGACUAGAGUGGUACACAACCAGGUGGAAGUUGAGGUAGAAGGAGCAGACGGCUCUUCCAUCACCGUAGAAGAAGAAGAGGAAGUAUUGCUAGUGUGGGAUGGUGGAGAAGAAUCGAGAGGCAUCGUGGAGCUGGCACAGCUUGCUGCUUCGUCGCAGCCCGAAGCCGAAGCCGCCCGGACCACGUUGGACUACUACAGGCACCAACUGGAUCUCUUCUCAGGCAUGUGUUUAGACCGACAGUACUUGGCCAUCAACAGCCUUUCUCCGCACCUGGACAUAGAUCUCAUCCAAAAGUGCAUGGCGGACGAAAACCUUCCCUACGAUCUCCGAGCAGCUUUCUGCCGACUCAUGCUGCACAUGCACGUCGACAGAGAUCCGCAAGAACUGAUUACGCCUGUGAAGUAUGCACGCCUGUGGUCCGACAUUCCUAAGCAGCUUUCCAUUCAAGACUACGAUGCGAACAAACACCCGGACCACAGCAAAGAGGCUGUCCAGAAGAAGUUCAAGCCUACCAUCACCUUUGUGGAGGAUUACCUCUGCAACGUGGUUGGCCACGUGUGGUCUUUCGCUGACCGUGAACAGAAUAAGCUUACAUAUGAGGUGGUGAAAUUGGCCAGAGAGCUCAUCUACUUUGGAUUCUACAGCUUCAGCGAUUUGUUGCGUCUCACGAAAACGCUGUUAAACAUUCUCGACUGCGUGCCAGAAGCUUCCGUUCUUGGUGCGCAAGGUGGCGUGCUAAAGUCGAUCGGCGACAUGGGCGCUGUCAUGACCAACAUGGUUCUGGGAACAACAGGAGUGAACAAGCCCUCCUCAGUGGUGGUGCCAAAAAAGACAUCUGCCGCUGAAGACACCUUAGUGAUGGACACAAAGUUGAAGAUUAUUGAGAUUCUUCAGUUCAUUCUGAACGUACGCCUGGAUUACCGGAUCACCGGCUUGCUGACCAUUUUCAAACGUGAGUUCGGCGAGAGCCAUGAGCGGUCCGGCGAAGAUAAUCUUGCCAUCGGCGAUAAAGGUAUGGACGGUAUAUUUGCGCAUCAGUCCGCGAUUUUAUUUGUGGGCCCUUCUGGAUCUUUAAUCUGUGCCGCAGGCGUAGACAUGGAACGGAUUGCGAGGGAAGCUGAAGACAUCUUCGGAGGGACGGAAGCAGUGUCCUCCGACGUUGACCUGGACUGCCAGGGUGGUCGGACUUUUCUGAGAGUCCUGCUGCAUCUUACCAUGCACGACUACCCACCUCUAGUUUCUGGUGCAUUGCAUCUUCUUUUCAAGCACUUCAGUCAAAGGCAGGAAGUCCUGCAAGCAUUCAAACAGGUUCAACUGUUGGUAUCAAGCAGCGACGUUGAGAACUACAAACAAAUCAAAGUGGACCUUGACAAGCUGCGAAAUUUGGUUGAAAAGUCUGAACUCUGGGUGUACAAGGCACGAGCGGACGACAUGCCCAAGAAGAAGGACGAAGACGCGGACCAGGACCAGGAGACGGAGAAGAAGAGGUCAAAAAGCACAACUGAGACACCCGUACAAGCUGAGCAGUCUUCUGGAAAAGAAGGAUCAGCAAUUGACCUGGACAUUGGGCCUCCUCUAGAUUCCAGCCAGACGAAGAAUUACAAAACCAUGCAAAAGAUCUUGAUCCGGCUAACACGGCUCUGCUACCAGACGUCCUCUUCGGGACAGAAGAAACAGCGUAAGCACGAGCAGAGGCUCCUGCGCAACAUGGGCGCUCAUUCUGUCGUACUGCAGUUAUUGCAGAUCCCAUACGAGAAGAAAGAAGACAUCCGCAUGAACGAAAUCAUGCGCCUGGCCCAUGACUUCCUGCAGCACUUCUGCCUGGGUAACCAUGCCAACCAGGCUCUGCUGCACAAGCACAUUGAUCUCUUUCUUACACCUGGAGUAUGUACCUUUCUUUGCUGUCCCUCAGCACUGCGAUUAACGGCAAUUAAUUCGAUGCAGCUCCUUGAAGCGCAGACACUGUGCAGCGUCUUCAAAGACAAUGUGGCGCUCUGCAACGAGGUGUCCGAAAGGGUGAUUCAGCACUUUGCGCACUGCAUUGAGACGCACGGUCGCCAUGUGCAGUACCUCAAGUUCCUCCAGACUGUGGUGAUCGCUGAGGGACAGUACAUCCGCAAGAGUCAAGACAUGGUUAUGCAAGAACUCGUGAAUGCUGGAGAAGAAGUCCUUGUGUUCUACAACGACAAAGGCUCUUCACAGCAGCUCGUUGAAAUGAUGCGUUCGGAGCGGCAACGUUUAGACGAAGGUGGACCACUCCGUUACCAUGUGGACCUGGUGCGACUAUUGGCUUGCUGCACGGAGGGCAAGAAUGUCUACACUGAGAUCAAGUGUCACUCUCUGCUCUCAUUGGACGACAUCUGCCGCGUGGUCACCCACCCAGACUGUCUGCCCGAAGUCAAGGAGGCCUACAUCAACUUUCUCUCGCACUGCUUUAUCGACACCGAGGUAGAGAUGAAGGAGAUCUACGCGUCCAAUCACAUCUGGACGCUCUUCGACAAUUUCUUGGUCGACAUAGCAAUGGUAUGUAAUGCGACGCACGACCGUCAACACGCCGAUCUUCUGCUAGAAAACUACGUCACCAAUUCUGUCAUGAACAUCAUCACUACCUUCUUCAAUUCGCCCUUUUCGGAGCAGAGUGCCACAGUUCAGACGCAUCAACCUGUAUUCGUGUGCCUGCUGCAGGCGGCGUUCCGCCUGUCAACUUGCACCUGGCUUUCUCUGCAGCAGCGCAUGAAUGUCGAAAGCUGCAUUAAGACAUUGGCAGAUAUUGCUAAGAACCGCAGCAUAGCGAUCCCGGUAGACCUGGACGCCCAAGUUACUGCGAUGUUUGACAAGAACGCUCUCAUCAGCAAGCACACACGUGCCUGGCUGUCAUCUGCUCGAGCUCCGAAAAAGGACAUCCCCCACAAAGAACAGCGUGCAGGCAAUGAGGGCCUGAAGCUCGCCAUCCCAGCUCCCUCAUCUAGCAGCAGUUCGGGGAGCCGCACUGCACAUCCCAGUGACCGAACCGUGAUCGAGGUGCUUCAAGAUCUGGUCUGCCUCCUCGAAGAGCAGCUGCGACCUCUAGUCCAGGCCGAGCUCUCCGUCCUGGUCGACGUCCUUCACCAUCCCGAACAGCUGUUUCCCGCAAACACGGAGGCCCGCACCAAAUGCUCAGCGUUCGUCUCCAAGCUCGUUCAGCACACCCAGCGGCUGUUGCUAGAGCACGAGGAAGCUCUCUGCAUACGGGUGCUGCAGACGUUGAGGCAAAUGAUGUCUGAUGCCGACUAUGGUGACAAGGGUGAAGUCCUGCGGCAAAGUUUACUGGUCCUGUACUUCGGCAAACCCCCUUCGAAAAGGGACGGAAGCGGGACCAGCACUGGCAGCAACACGCCGACGGGUGGCGCGGGUCGCAUCCCUCAACCCAGCGCUCCGGGAACGCCUCUGCUCAGCAGGGCCGAGAUGACGCUGGCCGAAGUGCAGUGCCAGCUGGACAAGGAAGGCGCUUCCGAUCUGGUCGUUGAACUGAUUAUGAUGAACCCAUCGCUCCCAAUCUUCCUGGAAAGCGUGGAACUCGGCAUUGCGCUGCUCAAAGGAGGAAACCCAGCAAUACAGAAAUCUAUGCACACUAAAUUAACUCUAGGCAACAACUCGGAGAAGUUCUUCAAGGUCUUCUACGACAAAACGAAAGCUGCUCAACAGGAAAUCAAGUCGACCGUCACUGUCAACACUUCGGACAUUGCCGCUCGUGCAACCAGUGAGGACAGAGAUCAUCCGCGGGGAAGCAUGGGAAAGGAAUCCAGGAGGAACAGAGGGGCAAAGUCAAACGGGUUGGUGAUAUCUGAGGAAUUGAAGGCCCAGUUGGAGGAUGCGGCGAGUGUAACAGGAAAGGCAUACUCUCACCUGAGGAGUAUGGGGACCAUCGGGGGAAUCACAAAAGAUGAGGAUGCUGGAGCGCAAACUCCAAACUCUCCGAGCGAGGAAUCGGCCGUGGCGGACCGAUCUGAAAAGGCGAGAAGUGGCGACGAGCAGUGCCUGGCACCGGAAGUAUUAGUCAUGCUGCCCAUACUGAGGUUUCUUCAACUUCUGUGCGAAAAUCACAACAGGAGCCUCCAGGACUUCCUGCGGAACCAGAACAAUAAGAACAACUACAACCUGGUGUCGGAGACAUUGCUCUUCCUCGACUGCAUCUGCGGAAGCACAACCGGGGGAUUGGGACUUCUGGGUCUCUACAUCAACGAACACAAUGUUGAGCUUGUCAACCAAACAUUGGAAACUUUAACUGAGUACUGUCAGGGGCCUUGUCAUGAAAACCAAAACUGCAUAGCCAUGCAUGAAAGCAAUGGCAUCGACAUCAUCAUUGCACUGAUCCUGAAUGACAUAAACCCAUUGGGAAAAAAGAGAAUGGACCUCGUGUUAGAACUCAAGAACAACGCGAGUAAAUUACUGCUGGCCAUCAUGGAGAGCAGAGGAGACAACGAAAAUGCUGAAAGAAUAUUGUUCAACAUGAGUCCACGCCAGCUGGUGGAGGUCGCCUGCAAUGCCUACCACCAGGAGGAGGAGGAAGAAGAGGAGGAGGACGAGGAGGAGGGAGGAUGUGCCUCUGUGAACGAGGAUGGGGUCUCACCCAAGGAAGUCGGGCACAACAUCUACAUCCUAUGCCAUCAGCUUGCACAACACAACAGGGACCUGGCCGCGCUGCUCAAACCUACGCUUCAGGAGCCCCAGGAUGCAAAAAUGUUGCAGGCGCUUCAGUAUUACGCCUCCCACACUGCACAGAUUGAGAUUGUCCGUCAUGACCGCACCAUGGAGCAAAUUGUCUUCCCCGUGCCUCAGAUCUGCGAAUUCCUCACACGAGAGACCAAAGUCAAAAUUUACAAUACAACGGAACGUGAUGAACAAGGAAGCAAGGUGUCCGAUUUCUUUGAGCGAACAGAAGAUCUCUUCAACGAAAUGAAGUGGCAGAAGAAACUACGUGGUCAGCCUGUGCUUUACUGGGUGAGCAGACACAUGUCAGUAUGGAGCACAGUGGCAUUCAACCUCGCGGUGCUGGUGAAUAUCCUCGUCGCCAUCUUCUAUCCGUUCACUGAAGCCAGUGAGUUGGAUCCACGGAUCUCUGGAGUCAGCUGGGCUGUCAUGCUGGUCUCCCUCGCUGGUGCUGUCCUGGCACCACGUCCUUCAGCUCUGCGUGCCCUCGCCUGCUCACUCAUUCUGAGGCUCGUCUACUCUUUGGGCCUACAGCCGACAUUAUGGCUGUUAGGAACUGUGAAUGUAGCUAUCAGUACUGUGCACCUCGUAAGCAUCAUGGGCAAUCAUGGCACGUUUACGAGGAGCCUGCGGCAGGUGGCUUCCGACAUAGAACUGCUAUAUCACAUUAUGUACUUGGGCUUCUGCGUACUUGGUCUCGUCGUUCAUCCAUUCUUCUACAGUGUUCUCCUCCUUGAUGUUGUCUAUCAGGAAGAGACGCUGCUCAACGUGAUCAAGUCUGUAACUCGCAACGGACGCUCCAUCAUCUUAACAGCUGUGCUGGCCCUGAUCCUCGUGUACCUCUUCUCCAUCGUAGCAUACCUCUUCUUCCGCGAUGACUUCCUAAUCGAAGUGGAUAAAGGAUCCAACAGUGUCCCUCGGUUACCCGCCGUCGAAGACAUAGUGGCGCCCCCUGAACCUACAGAUGGCUUCUGUGAGGGGUCUGGUAUUGGUGGUUCCAAAUAUACAAAGGAUGUUUGUUCUUCAGCUACUACACCAGGAUUGGGUGUGACCUCAUCAUCCGUAGCUGAGAGUGAGGAGGAUGAUGGAGAUGACACCGUGAAAGAGCGUGCGUGUGACUCGCUCAUUAUGUGCAUCAUCACGUCCAUGAACCACGGCCUGCGCAAUGGGGGUGGCAUAGGUGAUGUCCUACGACCACCCAGCGUCAAGGAGCCUCUGUACUUUGCACGAGUGGUGUACGACCUGCUGUUCUUCUUCGUCGUGAUUAUUAUUGUGCUCAACCUCAUCUUCGGUGUCAUCAUUGACACCUUUGCUGACCUCCGUAGCGAGAAACAGCAAAAGGAAGAAACUCUGCGGAACACCUGCUUUAUUUGCGGGCUGGACCGUGCUGCAUUUGACAACAAGAGCGUCUCCUUCGAAGAGCACAUACGCUGUGAACACAACCUUUGGCACUACCUUUACUUCAUAGUCCUCGUUCGAGUCAAGGACCCCACAGAGUUCACGGGGCCGGAGAGCUACGUCUACGCCAUGAUACAGGAGAAAAACCUGGAAUGGUUCCCACGGAUGCGUGCCAUGUCCCUGGCAGCGGACGAAGCGGAAGGGGAGCAGAACGAGAUGCGAACGCUGCAGACGCAGUUGGAAGAGACGCAGAAGAUAGUGACAAGUCUCUCAACAUUGUUGCUCGACUUAAGGAACCAGAUGACAGAACAUAGGAAGCAGAAACAACGAAGGGGCUUCCUUGCGCCACCUGGUGCCGUGACUGCUUUUUCUUCCUCGUACUGAUGCAGCCAGACCCAUUGAGCUCCACCUCCCUCGUCUUUCGAUGCUUUGUGGAACCAACAUUCUUGGCAGGGAGCCUCGUCCAUGUGAUCUUUCGUGUCAUGUCCUCGUGCGAUGCGCCACCCAUGUUUGACACUGUGGUGAGAAGGAGAGUGCCAAAAGUGCAUAAACUGCGUCGUCUGCCACCACAGGGGGCACCCUUUAUCAUUCGGGGGGCCGAUUUAAUUUGUGGCACUGCCGUUAUUUAUACAGGGCACAACGAAAAUGAGCUGUUAAAACAACUUGCGUGUCACAAAUAUGUUGCGGUAACAAAAUGACCAAGAGCUCAACGAACUAAACAGCAGAAGAAGGGUACCGAUGGGGACUACAAGAUUGCACAAAUACAAUAACUUCAGUGGAUGGGAACAAAACAUUCAGCAAUGAAAUUGCAAUGAUGUUUGGGGGUUAUACUACUUAACAGUUUGUGUGCUAACUUUCAUUCAGCGUUACUGGUGCUGUUUUACAAAGCUGUAUAUUCAUCACUCGAGGAACCCCGUUGAAAAACCCUGUCUACCUGAAAUGCACAAUUUGAAUAGGAAGCAUUUUUGUCACCGGUGACGGUAUGCUUGACCAUUACCACUUCUUUCUAAACUCUGUUUUACAUUUUACGGUGUCUUUUACGGAACCAGCACAUGUUUUACAAUGUGUUGUAUAUGGAGAGCAAGUUUUUUUUUUCUCUCUCUCUCUCUCUUUAUUGUGUGUUAAGUCUCAGUGUCCCAGAUAUGUGUGGGUACCUUGUGUGGGUACCUGUUGCACGUCUCCCCUAAGCUGUGAUCACGUAGUAGAAUCAAUUCAAUCACGAGUAACCAAUCAUUUGCAAUACAUACAUAGGUGUUGCCUAUAAGCAGUUUUGAAUUAAGGCAUACAUAUCUAUAGGUACCCAUUUUUGCAUACUUUAUUUUCGCAAAGGGCAAUAUUUACAGUACGUGCGUCGUACAGCAGAUUCUUCAUUGUGUGACCGGUGUCUUUCUGUUUCGGUGCUCUGCUUUGAACUCUAAUCCCACGUUAAGUUUGUUUGUUCAUAUUUAUAAAGGAGUUGUUUAUAUUAAUAUAGCCCAGAUAGUAUUUUGGAAAGUUUUAGAAUCUGUUGUCCUCCUUCCCAGAGAUUUAUUAACGCAUUCCGGUGUGCUUCCAGAUUAACCCUGGAGCGUUCCGAAAGCACCAUUUGUUCAUGUGAAUGUCGUGUUCUGUUCGCCGGACAUUUUUGUAUACUUUGGAUUGUUUGAUAUUGUUCCGACACGGCGGUGGUUUUUUCCCGUUGCACAGUCAAACCUCGUGCCUAUAAAUAAACGGAAAACGAACCAUUAUAAUAC